AUGCUCGGACGACGUGCAGUAUCAGUUCAGCGGUUCCUUUCGAGAACAGCGAGACAAGGUGCCACCGCUGCUUCUUCUAUUCAACCAACCCUCCAAGCCAAGACAAAUCUCUUGGAACCACUCGUCCAAAAUGUGCGGAUCAACUCUACCGCUAACUUCCACAUGAGUGUCAUCAGAAUGAGCGACGUCAUCACUGUCGAUGGACCAGCUUUCGCCGAAUCAAUUUCUGAAGGAGACAUUAGAUGGCUCAAACAAAAAGGAGAUCACGUUAAUGAGGAUGAGCUCGUCGCUGAAAUCGAAACUGAUAAGACUUCCGUCGAAGUUCCAGCACCACAAGCCGGAACUAUCGUGGAAUUGUUGGUUGAAGAUGGAGCCAAAGUUACGGCUAAGCAGAAGCUUUAUAAACUCCAACCAGGAGAGGGUGGUGGUGCAGCUCCAGCCAAGGAAGAAUCCAAACCAGCUGCUGCUGCUUCUCCAGCUGCCCCAGCUCCAACCCCAUCUCAAUCAUCAUCCCCAUCACCACCACCUCAGUCAUCUCCAUCUCCACCAAAACCAGCUGCUGGAGAAAUUCCAAAGUCCGCUCCUCCAGUAGCCCGUCCACCAUCAACACCAUCUUCUUCGACUCCAGUUGGAGCCGUCCCAGUCACCCGUGUCGUUGUUCCAAAGGGAGUCGACCCAUCGCACGCAAUCACUGGAGCUCGUGAUGAGGUUCGUGUGAAAGCGAAUAGAAUGCGCAUGCGCAUUGCUCAAAGACUGAAGGAUGCUCAAAACACCUAUGCUAUGCUCACCACAUUCAACGAGAUCGAUAUGAGCAGCCUUAUUGAGAUGAGAAAGACUUAUCAAAAGGAGUUUGUUGCAAAGCACGGAGUUAAACUAGGAAUGAUGUCUCCAUUUGUUCGCGCAGCCGCUUAUGCUCUUCAAGAAUCACCAGUUGUCAAUGCAGUUCUUGAUGAGAACGAGAUUGUUUACCGUCACUUUGUCGAUAUUUCCGUUGCUGUUGCCACUCCAAAAGGACUCGUCGUUCCAGUUUUGAGAAACGUCGAAAGCAUGAACUACGCACAAAUUGAGCUGGAACUUGCCAAUCUUGGAGUCAAAGCUCGUGACGGAAAGUUGGCUGUUGAAGAUAUGGAAGGAGGAACAUUCACCAUUUCUAAUGGAGGCGUUUUCGGUUCGAUGUUUGGAACCCCAAUUAUCAAUCCACCACAAAGUGCUAUCCUCGGAAUGCACGGAGUGUUCGAUCGUGUUGUCCCAGUCAACGGAAAACCAGAGAUUCGACCAAUCAUGCAAAUCGCUCUGACCUACGACCACAGAUUGAUCGAUGGAAGAGAGGCAGUCACCUUCCUCAAGAAGAUCAAGACAGCCGUCGAGGAUCCAAGAGUCAUGUUCAUGAACCUUUAA